GGUUGAUUUUCAAAAAAAUUCUCAAUUCGCCCGUGUAAUUUUAUCUAGAUAACGAGAUGCGAAGAUGGCGCCUCCUCAAAUGGCCAAGUUCAAGUCGAUGAAAUUCGUGUUUUCUGUUUGCACGAAAAACGUGCAGGUGUGUGAUUUGAUAAAUGCCAUAAUUCCAAAAGUUCCCCAAGGACUCAGCCCAUCCCAGAAGAGCCCCAAAAAAUCAUGCAGCGAAUGUCAUAAAGUCCGACUAAAACCGCGUGAAUGAUUAAUCGUUGAAAAAUUUCCCAAAUAUGGCGGAAAUUGACAAUCUCUCAGUGUUUACAAAUCAAGGGAUUGCCUGCAGUGGUGCAGACCUUCUUCAACAGGCAUUCCAGGAUGUGGUUGACGACGAAAAACGUGAUAACGAGUUUGUGGCAUUUUUCAAAGAUGACGGAGGCCAGCAUCAGACAUUUCGUCUGACUCACGAGCAAGCUGCAGCUUUGGGGUUAACUUUUGAGGUCGACUCAUUCAACGAAGAAAAAUCCAGUGUGAUAAGUCAACCACAGAGUGAGGAACACCUCAAUGACAUUCUUGAAGAGGAGUCACAAAUCGAUGACAUCGAGUUUCCAGCGGACUCUGAAUGGAUUCAGGAUCCUGGUGAUUUUGAAUACCAUGACAAUCCCAUCGAGAUUGAAGAAGAAAAAUUUUCCCAGGUGAUGAGUUAUCGUGAGGAGGACAUGCCAAAUCGAUCGGCGAGAUCCCUCGUUCUCCAGAAUCACCAGAAUCUUAAGAUGUUGAACAGAAGAUUGACACAGAAUAUUCAGGAGACCCCAGGUGCUGUGCAGAGACCACCUGCACCCCUGACACAGUCACAAUUCAUGAUGAAACCAGUACCAACUGUCCUGAAGACUGGCAAGACAUUCAGAUUAGUCUCCAAUACAAAUAAAUCAUUGAUUUCGAAUGCCUCUGGGUGGACAUGUCCCUCGCAGAAUUCAGUUAUUAUGAACUCCAUCCAGAAAACUAGUGCGAUGAAUGGGAGCCAUCAGGGAUCCAGAAAUGGAACAAUAAAUACUCAGAUGGUGAAUGGGGUAAAUGGACAGCUUCGAUUGCCUCCACUCGUAAAAACUGGACAGAAUAUCCACAAUGUCCAGAAUAUCCAGAGACAUCAGCAAUUUUAUUCAGUCAAAACUUCUGAGACUGUGAGAAAUGUCACACCUCAGGGGAUGAAUGGAAAAACAUCUAGAUCACUAGUAAAAUCUGUUCCAAUCUCAACGCAAAUUGUCAGGACGUCUGUUCUCCCAGAAAAAAUAGCCACGAAUUCCAAAGGAGGUAAUUCCCAAGUUGUGUUCAAAACUACGACAACUCGUGUGAAUACUCAGGAUUUAAAGACUAUUAAUAAUGUAAAUGUUCGGCCUCAGAAUCAGUUGUCAAUUUUAAAGCCCCAGAAGACAGUGGUGACGAAUGGAAAUAAACCAAAUGGAAUUUCAGCUACGAAGAUUAUUAAGAAGAUAACGAUCAGUCCGCAGAUCCCUAGCGGCGAGGGGGGAACGGUACAAAAUAAUAAUUCGAAUAAUCUACAGGGGAAUUUUAUGAAUAAUGAUACGAAGGCAGUGGUGAUUAAUGAGGCGAAGGGGUUAACGAAGGGUGAAAUCACUGAACGACCGGUUCCUCCUUUGGUACCUUCGGUACCAGUGGAAGAUAAAUCUGCCAAUGGUCUUGAGAAUCCGAUACAGAUUGUACAACAGGGGCACACGUUUCAUAGCAAUCAAAAACUCACACAGACGCAGUUGAAGCAAAUUGCUCAAGUGCUUCAACAACGGGGACAGCAGGAGUCCCCGGGGUCGAAGGAAAAAGUUGUUUACAGAGUUGUUUUCCCCGAAGAGUUGGAUUUGAGGAUUAGAAAUCCAGGGAAUUUGCUGAAAACUGGGAGAGGCAAACGAGGGAGACCGAAAAAAGCGCCUGGAAGACAUGUGGCUGCUGUCAAAGUGGGAAUGACUGACGAGGAAAAUGAUGAGUUAAAGGAGGAUCGUAAAAAAGUAGUUGCUCGCACAAGAUCGGGUCGUCUAUCUCGACCGCCUCGUCACAUGGUACGUGACUACAAACACCUCCACCCAUUGGAUUUUAUGCAACCAGAUCUCGACGACUCGGAUGGUGGCUACAGUGACUACAACACCAACACAAUAAAUCCUCAAAUUGAAGGUGAGGAGACCAAAGUGUUAUUAACAGGCCUGGAGCUACCAAAACGCAAAGUUUCCACCCACUUCCGUUGCUCCACGUGUAACAAGAUGUAUCUCGGUCGAGCAAGACUGGCCAAGCAUUUCGAGCUCUUCCCGGAGCACGGGAGUAUCGAACUCCUACCCUCGUCGACAUUAACGUCGAAUGGAUGUGCCGAGGAGCACAAGAAAUCACCACCUCUCACCGUGGACUCUUUCAAACGAAAGGGCAAGAAGAGAGGGCCCUGGGCUUACGCCACACCAGAAGCCAAAUCCGAAAGACGACAGACUAAACUUAGAGAGGCACUUUCUGUUUGUGACAGUGGAGAGAUCUCAAAAAUAGCUGCCAAACCAGUCCUCAAUGCUCAAUCACUAUUUGACCUCAUGGCGAUAAAAUCUGACAACAAUGUGAAAUUAUUUCUCACCGAAUUGAAAGUUUUUAUGGAAAAAAUACGAGAGCAGGCUGGAAUUAUGUUAUCACCAGUAGUCGACGGAGACAAAGAGCAGAACCUCAUUGAACUGAGGGAUGAACUGUUGUGCGAUGCUUUGGGACUUGUUCCAGGGCUCUACAGUGUCAAUGAUGAUGUUUUCAAGAAACCAGAGCCUUACCACAAUCUCGAUAUGGCAGUUCCCGAAGAGCCCCCCCUGAAGCUCCAAAAAUUGCGAAACGACGAGGGAAAGGAGAAUAUCGAGGAGAGACUCUCCAGUGGGUUCUCAGAGAGCUCUGACCUCAGUGUCUCCGAUUUUUUGACUGAACGAAAACAAGAUCCCAAUUGUCCUGAAGUCCUCACAGCAUUGACAUUAAUGCCAAGAAAUUCCAGUCCUGUAGCAGAGACUAUUAAAAAUAGUGUGUCAAAGCUGUUGAUAUCCAGUCCCCAAAUUCAAAAACAGAUUUCUGAUAAUCCUGGAUUCCAGAAGGUGGAUAUUAAUAGCUCCAAGAGCCCAACGUUCAAGAAAAAUGAGGAAAAUGGUCUUGAUAUUUUUGACCAGAAAGUGGAGUCCCAGGGAUUCAUAAAACUUGAGCCAAUGCAACAGAAUUUCAUUAAACUGGAAAAUAACACCGUGGGUACAUUGGAAAAUGACUUUGAGGAUUUGGAUGAUGGUCAGAAUUUUACCAAGGGCUUUCAAAAAAUUAUUUGCGACAAACCGGAGGGUUUGAAUGGCGAUAAAUCCAACUGUAAAAUUCCAGAGAGUUUGCCCAUACUCCAGGACACUGUUCCAAUUAUGAAUGCAAAUUGUGAUGCCAGUAUUUUCGGUGGGACCGAUAAUCUGGAUCCAAUUGGCCAUUUGGAUUACAGUGCAGUUAUGGAUAAACACCUGAUGAUGGAUGAAAAAUUGGUGGAGCAAUUGCAUCUGGUAGAUCAGUCCAACUUGGUAGACGAGUUGGUCUCUGAACGACUGAAGAAUAUCAUCCCGGAUAAUAUUUUGGAGAAUAAUUUGAUGCCAAAUACUACGAAUUUAGACACCGAACUCGAUUUUGAGGCGCUCAGUGAAGAAUUCAAUAGAAAUACACGGAGUUGAUUUAAUUUUUCAUUUCGAUUUUACACGUGGGAUAUUGUGAGUGCACACUCCUGGGAGGUGAUGCUUAUCCUUCGAUACCAAAUUAAUAAUCAUUAAGAGAUGGCACAGAUGUGCAUGAUUAAAAUUAAUGUAAAUAUUAUUAGCAUUUGGUUUGGUACUGUUCAGUACAAUUCCUGCAGGUACUUCAUCGAGAGCAAUUAUUGAGCGCGAUAUACACGGUUUAUUUUUAAAGGGGCCUGACUUGCUACUUUUUAGUACACAUUUUUAUCCUGAAAAAUAGCUGGAGUGAAACUAUUAAAACUAGUCUUUGCCGUGUGCUGACGGGUUCGGAACAACCUGUAUUUUUUCGAUCUCUUAGUUUAUUUUUCUUGGUCAAUUGAUUUUCGGAUAAACUAUUUGAUAAAUUACUUAAUCAAUUGAAAUUAGAGAAAUUUAAAAUUUCAUCAUUGUAAAUACUUGUACAGAGUUGGAAACGAAUACUUAAUAAUAUGUGUUGUAGCAGAGGAUGAUUAAAUACAAUAGAAAAAAAAACGGAAAUUCCUCUCAUAGAAUUAAUCAUCCGUGAGAUAAAUGAGAAAUUAAUUUUGGGAAGAUGGAAGGAGAACUUGUUACAUUCAAUAAUUUUUCUGCUGAUUUAAUAGCACUAGAGAGUAAUAAAAUGUCAUUGAGUCGUUAACAGUAUCAAUGAUGAACAUAAAUCAUAAUGAAUAAAAGUUUAAUCCGUAGAUGAAUUGAAAUGCAAUUGAAACCAACAUUCUAUCUGCAAAUACUGCAUUUAAUGUCUUGAAGUAAAAAGAAACUUAGAGAUAUUGUUGUGCGAAAUUCUCGUUAGAUAAUAAAGUAUUAUCGAGAGUCAAUACUAUCAAUAGAAUUAUUUUGAUACGCGGAAUAUUCCAUCCAUAGAGAAUUGAAGAUUUCCUAUUGGUCUGAUGAUAAAGGGGCGGAUUAUAUAGGCGUAAGGGACGCUCAAAUAGUAAACAAAUGAGUAUGAGAGAUUGUACGUCGAUAUUGAUAUAAUCUUAUGUUACGUAAAUGUGCAAAUAAAUCCUGAGAAUAAAGUGUAAUGUUUAAA